AUGCCGCCACGACCGCGCCUGCCGACGUCCCCGUCGACUCCCAUCUCCUCACUAGUCCCCACAUCUCCCGCGCCGUACACCCUCGUCUGGGCUUCGCACGCCCGCUGGCCGCUUCCGGUUGACGCAGGCGAGACACAGCAUGGUCCCGCAGCUCGCCCACUACGCAUCUCGGUCCUCGACUCGUCGUUUAACCCGCCUACGGCCGCACAUCAGGCUCUCGCCUCACACGGCUCAGACGGCUUUGACGCCCACCUGCUCGCGCUGAGCGUGGGGAACCCCGAUAAGGGCACUAUCGAGCAAGAGGUCACAGCCGUGCGGCUCGAGAUGAUGCGGCAACUCGGCAUGGACUUGCACCGACGGUCGGGAGGGAAGGGAGGGCUGUCGAACGUCGCGGUGGUCCUUCUUCAGGCGCCGACGUUCGUACGCAAGUCGGAGAUACUGCGGGACGAGCUGGACAAGCUGGUGCAGGCGCAGGCGGGGUCGGACGAAGCGUCAGUGCGGUUGACAUUCCUCGUCGGCUGGGACACACUCAUCCGCAUCUUCGCACCACGUUACUACCAGCCGCCCGGUCCCGACCUCGGCUCGUCCAUGUCAGCCUUCCUCGACCGUGACGAUUCCUCCCUCGCCUGUGCACGAAGAGGCGACAUCCCUAGCGAGGAAGAGGACGCCUUCCUCAACUCUGAUGAAGUCAAAGAGUGGGUCAAGCGGGGAAAGGUGGAGAUGUUCGACAUCGAGGAGCGGUUUAGGACAAUCAGCUCGACGGAGGUCAGGCGGGCGGUCAAGGAGGAGCGUUGGGAGGACGUUAGACGAGACGUGCCGAUAGAAGGGAUCAUAGACGUUAUCAAGCGCGAGGGGCUGUAUAAGGACUAG